AUGCACCAGCAGGUAGAUAAAGGUACGUAACCGUUUUCACAAGAGACAGACCAUUGGUUCCAUUAUUAGGAACGUAACUUAUCCAAAGUACCAGACCAUUUUCUAGAGUACAUAUAUGUUAAACUGAAGUUUGUUAUGAGCAGUUAAUGGUUUCUGACAGGCCUAAAGUACGUUUUGAUUUAAAAAAAUUCUUACCAGACAUUCAGAUGUAUACGAGCAAAUAACAAAAAACAGAUGACAUCGUGUAAUGGGGUUCAAAACAAGAAUUAAGUAAAAGUAUUGCAGUACUAAGUAUUCAGGUUAACUAGAGGUAAUUCCAGUAAUUUAACCAGGUAAUAGAGAGCUUACCCAAAUAAAUAAGUCAAGCCGGUAAAUAGGGUAAUACCAACCUUUUUAAAUUCAUUCCAAACAUUGGUUAAAGGGUAACCUUUUUUUUGGAUUAAUUCCAGUUUUAAGGUUUGUGAAAAAAAUUCAACCAUCCAUUUUUUAAAAAAUUUUUUCCCCCCCAAAAGUCGUUAAUAGGGGAAAAUCUUUCUUUAAAAGGUAACCGGAAAAAGAGAAAUUUGAUUUCCCUCGUUCGGGCUUGCCUUCUAUAAAUUAAAACAUUUUAAAAGUUUUUGGGGGGACUUUUUUGGGGGGUUUAAGAAAAAUAGUUUUGAGGACAACCCAAAUUUAAAAAAAGGUUUAAAUUUCCGGGGUUAAUAUAGUAAAAAAUUUUUUUUAAAAAAAAGGUUUAAAUUUUUAAAUGAGGUUUAAAGUUUUUGGGGUUUGUGAGAAUUUUUUUUAGGGGUUUUCCAACGGUUUUGGGAAAAAAUGGUUGCUAAAAGGGUAGGGUUCCCCCCGUAUAGGACCCCCUUUAGGACCGGGGGGGUUUCCGUAAAUUUUUUAAUGCCCCGUAUGAAAACCCCCCAAAACCCCUGCCCCCCAGAUUUUUUUAAAAAACGGGGGUGUAAGUGAUUAAAAAAACCCGGUUUGAAAAAAACCCCCGCCCCCGGCUUUGGGUGUAUUGCUCGUAGGUGGGUUGACAUUUAAAUUGGGGGAAUUUUUCCCCCAAAAAGGGGUUCUGGGUUUUGGGAUAAGGUUUUUGGGGGUUUUUUUGGGGGGGGGGAAAAACCGGGGCCUUUUCCCCCCCCUUUUCCCCCUAAAUUGGGAACCAGGGGACCGGGGGGUUUUGGGGACGGAGGAAAAAUGAAGAAAAAGACCCCCCCCCCCCCCAAAAGGCCCCUUCCUUUUUUAAAAAACUUAGUUUUUUUAUUGGGUUGUUAUCCCGGGCCAAAAUUUUUUUUUUUAAAAAAAAAAUCCCAAAAAACCCGUAAACCAUUAAAAACAAAAAAAAAACCUGUUUAAGUUUUAAAACAGAAAGUAAUUUUUGAAUUUUAAAAAUUUUUUUUGUUUUAUCUCGUUAAACAGAGAUACUUCAUUCAGUUAAAUGAGGUAAAACCAAGUUCCCUCUCUCGUGACCCACAGUCCUUUGCUCUCCAGCACACCCUUCCUCCUAAUCCAAAGGUCUGUUGGACCUAAACAGCUGAGUAAGCUCACGUAUAGAAGACAAAUAGGCUGCUCUCUCCGUAUCAGGACCUUUCUCCUACUGAUUGGACGUAUCUAGGAGAUGUACUCUGAUAACAAUGUUGGCCACACUGAUCUACCCUGAUCACUGAUCAAACCUCGUCAACAGAACUCAGUAGAACCACCACCUGAUCAACAGCAUUAGUUUAGUAAAAAAACGUGUGUGUGAGUAAGUGAGUAAAUACAUGAUGUUAUCAUCCGUGUUUAGAAAAUAAACUCAGCCUUUGACCUCCCUUGGCUCUGGUGUAUACUGCAGUCAAGUAGGUGGCGGUAAUGAGCCAUUAAAGUUGGUUGACAAACUCAAUGAACACCACAGAAGAAGAAGCUUCUGACGUCAAUAUUGUGCGACCUAGAGUGUUAUAUGAUGGGUAAGCAGAAUCGAGGGGGUGUUGGGAUGAAAUAACUUCAGGUAGCUCAUGAAAUUCACGACUUUCAGUAAUGAAUGUCCAAAUGAAUACUGUAAUUCCAGCGACGCUGCGGGCUAUGUGGUGCUAUUUCUGGCUAGUGUAACAUCGUUAGCUACGAGAUGCACACAGCAGCUAGUUAGAUAGGUAGGUAACGUUAUCACAAGCAGACAGACCAUUUGGUCCAUUAUUAGGAACGAUAACUUAUCAAAGUAGCUAGACAUAUCUAGAUACAUAUAUUGUUUAAACGUGAAUAGUUUGUUUAUGAGAGUUGUUGGUUACUGCCAGGGCCUAAAAUGUACUUUUUGAUUUAAAAAAAUCUCUACCAGACACUCAGAUUGUAUACCAGUCAACAAACACAAAAAACAGAUGACCAUGCUUUGUAAUGUUUCUAAAACAAGAAAUGUAUUAGUAAGAAGUAUUUUGGUAUAUUACUCAAUUUCAUUAACUUUUUGCUUACUCAGAGUCUUUUAAUCAAUAAUAAUAAUAUGCCAUUUAGCAGACGCUUUUAUCCAAAGCGACUUACAGUCAUGCGUGCAUACAUUUUUGUGUAUGGGUGGUCCCGGGGAUCGAACCCACUACCUUGGCGUUACAAGCGCCGUGCUCUACCAGCUGAGCUACAGAGGACCACAAUCAAAGUAUGAGACCAAAUGUUCAGGGCGAGAGGUUACCUUGGUAACGAUGCCACUCGACUAGUGCAUCUCUUCUCUAUCCGUUGAAGCAGCAGACUCAAACUAACAUUGAAAAACAACAGCGCUUGUGAAAAAACAAUAUACACUGAACAAACAUAUAAAUGCAACAUGCAACAAUUUCAAAGAUUUGACUGAGUUACAGUUCAUAUAUCUGUCAAUUUAUAUAAAUUCAUUAGGCCCUAAUCUAUGGAUUUCACAUGACUGGGAAUACAGAUAUGCAUCUGUUGGUCACAGAUACCUUAAAAAAAAAAAAAGGGGGGGCCUUGUCCCACUCCUCUUCAAUGGCUGUGCGAAGUGGAUGGAUAUUGGCGGCACCAGGAACACGCUGUCGUACACGUUGAUCCAGAGCAUCCCAAACAUGCUCAAUGGGUGACAUGUCUGGUGAGUAUCCAUGGAAGAACUGGGCCAUUUUCAGCUUCCAAUAAUUGUGUACAGAUCCUUGCAACAUGGGGCUGAUGAAUGGCACGACAAUGGGCCCGAGGAUCUCAUCACAGUAUCUCUGUGGAUUCAAAUUGCCACAGAUAAAAUGCAAUUGUAUUCGUUGUCCGUAGCUUAUGGCUGCCGAUACCAUAACCCGACCGCCACCAUGGGGCACUCUGUUCACAACAUUGACAUCAGCAAACCACUUGCCCACACGACGCCAUCUGCCCAGUACAGUUGAAACCGGAAUUCAUCCGUGAAGAGUACACUUCUCCAGCGUGCUAGUGGCCAUCGGAGGUGAGCAUUUGCCCACUGAAGUUGGUUACAUCGCCGAACUGCAGUCAGGUCAAGACCCUGGUGAGGACAAUGAGCACACAGAUGAGCUUCCCUGAGACGGUUUCUGACAGUUUGUGCAAAAAUGAUUUGGUUGUGCAAACCCACAGUUUCAUCAGCUGUUUGGGUGGCUCGUCUCAGACCAUCCCGCAGGUGAAGAAGCCGGAUGUGGAGGUCCUGGGCUGGCAUGGUUACACGUGGUCUGCAGUUGUGAGGCCAAUUGGACGUACUGCCAAAUUCUCUAAAACUACGUUGGAGGUGGCUUAUGGUAGAGAAAUGAAGAUUACAUUCUCUGAAAACAGGUCUGGUGGACAUUCCUGCAGUCAGCAUGCCAAUUGCACGCUCCCCUUAAAACUUGAGACAUUUGUGGCAUUGUGUUGUGUGACAAAACUGCACAUUUUAGAGUGGCCUUUUAUUGUCCCCAGCACAAGCUGCACCUGUGUAAUGAUCAUGCUGUUUAAUGAGCUUCUUGAUAUGCCACACCUGUCAGGUGGAUGGAUUAUCUUGGCAAAUGAGAAAUGCUCACUAACAGGGAUGUAAACAAAGUUGUGCACAAAAUUUGAGAGAAAUACGCUUGAGAGAAAUAAGCUUUUUGUGCGUAUGGAACAUUUCUGGGAUCUUUUAUUUCAGCUCAUGAAAUAUGGGACAAACACUUUACAUGUUGCGUUUAUAUUUUUGUUCAGUAUAAAUAACCAAGAAACGUUCGACUUCCGAGUAAAUUAGGCCAUUUAAAUGUUCACAGCCUCCAGAAAUGAAUCUAUCAGGACUUCACCCUUCCAGCCAGUGCUGCUGCGCGAGGUGGGAUAUAGGAUUUGUUUUUCUUUGUGCAAUUAGCAGCUAUGAAACAAAACAGAAGAAAUACUUUGAAAACAGCUACUGCAGCAUUUUUCUAACCCUAACUCACGUGCUCGAACUUGACUUUUGACUAUUUUUAUUUGCGAAUGUAACACUCGUACUGUAGAACCCUGUGAAUUGACCACCCGCCAAUGUGGUUGGUGAAAUAGACAUUCUUACCCGUCAAUACCUAAAUUGAUCCGCAUUUGGUGGGUGGCAGAUGUUAAUUUUAUGCCCUGGUUACUGCACAGAAUGUCGUAUUAGUUUGCUAGCUAGCUAGCUAGCAAGUUAGCUGUUGACGUUCAGACAGACUAACUUAGCUAGCUAGUGUCUACUGAGUCUGACAAUCAACUGUUUAUGUUUACACACGUGUUCGGAGCAUGCUAGAUAGCUAAUUAGCACAGGUGGUCGCCUCUUGUCUGUUUUCCAUAAACAAGCGCUGUAAAAUGGAGAUAUGGCCGUGUGGGAAAACUAACCAUAACCCUAUCAAGGUGUGAAUCUAUUUAACCUUUGGUUUUUUGAAAAUUAUUUCUUGCUGAUAUGAAAGAUAAGUUCCUUAUGCUUCCAAAACCGUGCCGCAAGCGAUGCAUGUUCAAUGUGAAGUGUAAUGUAAUGGUCAUGAGAGUCAUGAUCAAUGGCUAGCCCAUAAGCAGCUUGUUGCUGCUCUGUCAUUCAACCUAAUAAAGUGAGUGAGAUGGUUGUAGCUAGCUAACAUAUUAAUUCAUUAAUUCAUUCAACUUAAUAAAGUGACUGAGUAGGGCUGUACAUUGCAAUAAAUACUGACUGUACAAAACAUUAGGAACAUCUUCCUAAUAUUGAGUUGCACCCCCUAUUGCCCUCGGAACAGCCUCAAGUCGUCGGGGCAUGGACUCUACAAGGUGUCGAACGCGUUCCACAGGGAUGUUGGCCCAUGUUGACUCCAAUAGUUGUGUGAAGUUGGCUGGAUGUCCUUUGGGUGGUGGACCAUUCUUGAUACACAUUCUGUCACCUCUGAUCUCUUGGCCCUCCCACCCCUACGGGAGGGCAGCUCCCCCUCAGCCCAGUCCAAGCUCUCUGUCCUGGCACCCCAAUGGUGGAACCAUUUCCCCCCUGAAGCUAGGAUAGCAGAGUCCCUGCUCAUCUUCCGAAAACAUCUGAAACCCUACCUCUUCAAAUAGUAUCCUAAAUAAUCCCACAGCACCACAGCCCCCCCCCCCCCCCCACCCCCCCAAAAAAGAAAAAAGAAAUGCCUUUCGGGAACUAGCACUUAAUUUUUUUUCUUACUAGCUCUGGCUUUUCUGAUAGCUACGUUAUUAAGGAAAAAGGUACUGACUAUGCCUGUGAUAUGUGGUUGUUCCAUCUAGCUAUCUUAAGAUGAAUGCACUAACUGUAAGUCGCUCUGGAUAAGAGUGUCUGCUAAAUGACUAAAAUGUAAAUUAAAUUAAACUGUUGAGAGUGAAAAACUUAGCAGCGUUGCAGUUCUUGACACACUCAAACUGGUGCGCCUGGCACCUACUACCAUACCCGGUUCAAAGGCACUUGACUCAGUACCGGUACCCCCUGUAUAUAGCCUCAUUAUUGUUAUUUUAUUGUGUUACUUUUUUUUUUUAAACGUUCGUUAUUUAGUAAAUAUUUUCUUAACUCUUAUUUUUCUUAACUGCAUUGUUGGUUAAGGGCUUGUAAGUAAGCAUUCUUUAACUUGUCUCCUCCCCUUCAUCUACACUGAUUGAAGUGGAUUUAACAAGUGACAUCAAUAAGGGAGGAUAGCUUUAACCUGGAUUCACCUGGUCAGUCUAUGUCAUAGGAAUUUCCUAAUGUUUUGUCCACCCUUCUGAAGUCUAUACAUCUACAGUGCGAUUUCAACUGAUUGUUUUGUCAAAUUCGCUCAUUAUUGACCUUUAUUGAAUUAAUAAAACCAUUCAUACAUUGCUUUGCAUUAUCUGUUUGCAUCCAGUUUUUUCAAUGGGGGACUUUUAUUUUGAAGGCAAACCGCCUCACGCUAAUGUUGUUUAUAACACAGACAUGGCGGCCCUCCCAUUAGGGAGGCAUCCGACUAGUGCAGCAGAUUGAUGAGGGCAGCAUAGUAGAAAUAGGUAGUAGCCUACAGACUGUUUUUUAAAAUCAGAUCUUACUCCUUGACUGAUAUACCUGAUGUGGAAUAGAGUUCCAUGUAGUCAUGGCCAAUGUAGUACUGUGCACCUCCCAUAGUCUCUUCUGGAUUUGGGGACUGUGAAGAGACCUCUGGUGGCAUGUAUUGUGGGGUAUGUAUGCAUGUCCGAGCUGUGUGCCAGUUGCUAAAACAGACAACUUGUGAUUUCAACAUGUCAAUACCAGUCACAAAGGCAAGCAGUGAAGCAGUCAAUCUCUCCACCCUGAGCGAUUGACAUGCAUAUUAUCAAUGCUGGCUCUCUGUGUGCAUCUAAGGGCCAGCUGUGCUCCUCUGUUCUGAGCCAAUUGUAAUUUGCCUAUGUCCUUCUUUGUGGCAUUUGGCCAUAUGACUGGGCAGUAGUCUCCCAACCAUCCAAGAACAGUUUGGUGAUCUGACCACACUACUGAACAUUAGUCCAGGUGCGACAAAACUAGGUCCUGUAGUACUUGUUUUGUUGAUAGCGGUGUCAAGAACGCAGAGCAGCGCUUUAUUAUGGACAGACCUCUCCCCAUCUUAGCUACUGUUGCAUCAAUAUGUUUUGACCAUGACAGUUUACAAUCCAAGGUUACACCAAGCAGUUUAGUCUCCUCAGCUUGCUCAAUUUACACAUUAUACAUUACAAGAUUUAGUUGAGGUUUAUGGUUUACUGAAUGUUUUGUCCCAAAUACAAUUUUAUUAGUUUCUGAAAUAUUUAGGACUAACUUAUUUAUUUCCACCCAUUCUGAAACUAACUGCAGCUCUUUGUUAAGUGUUGCAGUGAUUUCACUUGAUGUGGUAGCUGAUGUGUACAGUCUUGGUCAAAAGUUUUGAGAAUGACACAAAUAUUAAUUUUCACAAAGUCUGCUGCCUCAGUUUUUAUGAUGGCAAUAUGCAUAUACUCCAGAAUGUUAUGAAGAGUGAUCAGAUGAAUUGCAAAGUCCCUCUUUGCCAUGAAAAUGAACUUAAUCCCCAAAAAAACAUGUCCACUUCAUUUCAGCCCUGCCACAAAAGGACCAGCUGACAUCAUGUCAGUGAUUAUCUCGUUAACACAGGUGAGAGUGUUGACGAGGACAAGGCUGGAGAUCACUCUGUCAUGCUGAUUGAGUUAGAAUAACAGACUGGAAGCUUUAAAAGAAGGGUGGUGCUUGAAAUCAUUGUUCUUCCUCUGUUAACCAUGGUUACCUGCAAGGAAACACAUGCCGUCAUCAUUGCUUUGCACAAAAAGGGCUUCACAGGCAUGGAUAUUGCUGCUAGUAAGAUUGCACCUAAAUCAACCAUUUAUCGGAUCAUCAAGAACUUCAAGGAGAGAGGUUCAAUUGUUGUGAAGAAGGCUUCAGGGCGCCCAAGAAAGUCCAGCAAGCGCCAGGACCGUCUCCUAAAGUUGAUUCAGCUGCGGGAUCGGGGCACCACCAGUGCAGAGCUUGCUCAGGAAUGGCAGCAGGCAGGUGUGAGUGCAUCUGCACGCACAGUGAGGCGAAGACUUUUGGAGGAUGGCCUGGUGUCAAGAAGGGCAGCGAGGAAGCCACUUCUCUCCAGGAAAAACAUCAGGGACAGACUGAUAUUCUGCAAAAGGUACAGGGAUUGCACUGCUGAGGACUGGGGUAAAGUCAUUUUCUCUGAUGAAUCCCCUUUCCGAUUGUAUGGGGCAUACGGAAAAAAGCUUGUCCGGAGAAAACAAGGUGAGCGCUACCAUCAGUCAAGGGAGUGGGCUCACUCACAAUUUUGCCUAAGAACACAGCCAUGAAUAAAGAAUGGUACCAACACAUCCUCCGAGAGCAACUUCUCCCAACCAUCCAAGAACAGUUUGGUGACGAACAAUGCCUUUUCCAGCAUGAUGGAGCACCUUGCCAUAAUGCAAACGUGAUAACUAAGUGGCUUGGGGAACAAAACAUCGACAUUUUGGGUCCAUGGCCAGGAAACUCCCCAGACCUUAAUCCCAUUGAGAACUUGUGGUCAAUCCUUUAGAGGCGGGUGGACAAACAAAAACCCACAAAUUCUGACAAACUCCAAGCAUUGAUUAUGCAAGAAUGGGCUGCCAUCAGUCAGGAUGUGGCCCAGAAGUUAAUUGACAGCAUGCCAGGGCGGAUUGCAGAGGUCUUGAAAAAAAAGGGUCAACACUGCAAAUAUUGACUCUUUGCAUAAACGUAAUGUAAUUGUCAAUAAAAGCCUUUGACUCUUAUGGAAUGCUUGUAAUUAUACUUCAGUAUACCAUAGUAACAUCUGACAAAAAUAUCUAAAAACACUGAAGCAGCAAACUUUGUGAAGACCAAUACUUGUGUAAUUCUCAAAACUUUUGACCACGACUGUAUAGUGUUGAGUCAUCAGCAUACAUAGACACACAGGCUUUACUCAGUGCCAGUGGCAUCAUUAGUCAAGUUUUAAAAAGUAAGGGGCCUAGACAGCUGCCCUGGGGAAUGCCUGACUCUAUCUGGAUUAUGUUGGAGAGGCUUCCAGGACCGACUUUGGGAAACCCUGUGCUAAAAUAAUAAAUUGUUAAAUGUAAAUGUAAACAAACACUAUAUAGCCUAAAAACAUGGUUAAAACUAUAAUUGUUAUAUCAUGGAUGGUCAGUCAUUGCAUCCAAAGCAUUAUGAAUUUUAAGUUCUUGCAUCCAUCUUCAGCUUUUUACCGAAACGGGGGGCGGGGAACUGCUUCGUUAUUGUUUAAACUGCUGAUUGACGAUUUAAAGUCUUGGAAUGUAUCACCAUUUCUCUGGGUUAUUCACUGGGUUAAUUUACUAGUACAAUCGAUCUUAUUGGCAGCAUUUGCAUUAAAUGCCUAGUGCAGUCAAAAACUUAAUUUUCCUGUGUUUUCUAUAUAUUUCCACACUAUGAGGAAUAAUACUGUGAAAUUCAAAAAAUUAUGAUAAUGCCCUUUGGUGGGAUGGAGUUUUGGACGUGCCUGGUGACAUCACCAGGCGGUAAAUUAGUUAAUAAACCAAUAAGAAAGAUCGUUCCAAACCUCUCUGCCAAUAACAGCUAGUUCUUCCCAUUUUAAUUGAAAACAAUCACGGUAAGGUACUUAAUUAAAUCCCAGAAAUGAUUUGAUAUUGAGAUAAAAACGUCUGCAUUGGACCUUUUAGAUAAAUGUGAAGUUAACCCGAGAUUGUUUAGUUUAUAAUGAUCUCUUACUUUUCCCCAUUUGAACAGAUACAAGCAAGAAAGGAGGCAAGAAGAAGGGUGGUUCCAUGCAGACUGUAUCCUCCCAGUUCAGGGUGAGCUUUUGACAUGUGUAUUUUCAGUCCUUCAAAUAGUGCAUUGAUUAUCAUAAAUUACUAAUGAAAACAUGGUUUGUAACCCUCUUACAGGAGAACUUGGGCAAGCUGAUGACCAACUUGAGGAGCACUCAUCCUCACUUUGUGCGCUGCCUGAUCCCCAACGAGUCAAUGACUCCAGGUACAAGAAAUAUUGAGUUAAAUAUUAUAUGUUAUCAGUAAUCCUAACGAGCACACUCUUGAACCAGUUUCUGAGUAUUAAAAGAGACUUGGUUUGUUUUUCCAGGUCUGAUGGAGAACUUCCUGGUUAUCCACCAGCUCAGGUGUAACGGUGUACUGGAGGGUAUCAGGAUCUGCAGGAAGGGCUUCCCCAGCAGAAUCAUCUAUGCUGACUUCAAGCAGAGGUACACACACAUUCACAUUACAUUUACAUUUGUGUCAUUUAGCAGAUGCUGUUGUCCAGCAGCAUGACACCCUGCUUCCCACUGCUGGCUUGCCUCUGAAGCUAAGCAGGGUUGGUCCUGGAUGGGAGACCAGAUGCUGCUGGAAGUGGUGUUGGAAGGCCAGUAGAGGGCGCUCUUCCCUCUGCUCUGAGGAGAUCCCAAUGCGCCAGGGCAGUUAAACGGGUGUCCUGACUCUCUGUGGACAUUCAAAAUCCCAUGGCAUGAAACGUAAGAGCGCGGGUGUUAUUAACCCCCGGUCUCCUGGCUUCAUCUCCAAUCUGACCACCUAAUCAUCCCCUUUCCAAUUGGUUCAUUCCUCUCCCCUGUAACUAUUCCCCAGGUUGUUGCUGGAAAUGAGAAUGUGUUCUCAGUCAACUCACCUGGUAAAAAAUAUAUCCUUUUCGUACUGGUCCCCCGCACGCACACACAAAACCACGGAAAAGAUCUACUCUAAAGGUUUUCCCUGCAUGAGAAUAUGCUUUCCUUUAACGUAAUAUAACCAACCUAUUGCAACUUGACAUAUGUUAAACAUGUCUCCUCAUUCAGGUAUAAAGUACUGAAUGCCAGUGUCAUCCCUGAAGGCCAGUUCAUGGACAACAAGAAGGCUUCUGAGAAGCUGCUUGGGUCCAUUGAUGUGAAUCACGAGGAUUACAAGUUUGGACACACCAAGGUCAGUCAAAUACCCCCAGCAAAAGCUGACAACAAAACACAACUUCAAUGAUCAUUUAAACCCUUACCAUUCAAAAUCUCUCCAGUUGAUCUCUCCAGUUGAUCUCUCCAGUUGAUCUCUCCAGUUGAUCUCUCCAGUUGAUCUCUCCAGUUGAUCUCUCCACCCUGUUAGUCUUUCUUCUUCAUGAAGCUAAUAUAAGAAGGUGGAGAAACAUUGUACUGUUGUUUUCUUCAAGUAAAGAAGAGAUGAAUUAACCUGUGCAUUGUGUUACAGUGGUAUGGCUGCAGUUAUCUGUAUCGGUUUACAUUAUUCAUCUACAACUGUACAAUACAAAUCAAAUGUUAUUGGUCAUAUACACAUAUUUAGCAGAUGUUAUUGCGGGUGUAGCGAAAUGCUUGUGUUCCGAGCUCCAACAGUGCAGUAGUAUCUAACAAUACACAACAAUACACACUAAUCUAAAAGUAAAAGAAUGGAAUUAAGACAUUUAUAAAUAUUAGAUUGAGCAAUGUUGGAGUGGCAUUGACUAAAAUACAGUAGAAUAUAAUACAGUGUAUAUAUAUAUAUAUAUAUAUAUAUAUGAGAUGAGUAAAGCAGUAUGUAAACAUUAUUAAAGUGACUAGUGUUCCAUUAUUAAAGUGGCCAGUGAUUCCAUGUCUAUGUACAUAGGGCAGCAGCCUCUAAGGUGCAGGGUUGAGUAACCAGGUGGUAGCCGGCUAGUGAUGGAUAUUUAACAGUCUGAUGGCCUUGAGAUGUAACCAGGUGGUAGCCGGCUAGUGAUGGCUAUUUAACAGUCUGAUGGCCUUGAGAUGUAACCAGGUGGUAGCCGGCUAGUGAUGGCUAUUUAACAGUCUGAUGGCCUUGAGAUAUACCUUACAACUUAUGAACACACUAUCCCAUGGUCUGUUUGUGGUGUUGUUCCUCUCUUUUGAUUGAAACUUUCUAUCUGCCACCAUCUGACUGGCUCCCUAAUUGACCAUGUUUACAUGUGGCUCAGGUGUUCUUCAAAGCCGGUCUGCUGGGUGUCCUGGAGGAGAUGAGAGAUGAGAAGCUGGCCUCUCUGGUCGGCAUGGUCCAGGCUCUCAGCCGUGGAUUCCUCAUGAGGAGAGAGUUCACCAAGAUGAUGGAGAGGAGGUGAGGAAUAGCAGACAUCUUGGCAAAGCUUCCUGUCAACCACCUGUAUGUAAUGAAUUAUGAUUCCAUACUGUAUAUGCUGUGAGUUGUUCACAAUGAGAAAGUACGUCUUAUAAUGUUCUAUUAAAGCUGCAGUUUAGGAUUUGGCAAGCUGUUCAAUUGUCAUUUAAAUGUGUCAUAUUUACCCAUUGAUUCUUGAAGAAUAUGAAAUGCCUCAUGAGCUUAGCAUGACCUGUAAGUCCUUGAAUAUAGAGCGCUGUCUAUGAAUUUAAGAGAGGUCCCUUGCCGCCUUCCUCAGCUGUAUACAGUUUUGUUGUUCUUCCUCUCGCAGAAUGUAGCUUGUCAGUCACCAUACCACUUUAUCCUUUCUGUUGACCAGAGAUGCCGUCUACUCCAUCCAGUACAACAUCCGCUCAUUCAUGAAUGUAAAAACCUGGCCAUGGAUGAAGGUGUACUUCAAGAUCAAGCCCCUACUGAAGAGUGCUGAGACUGAGAAGGAGAUGGCCAACAUGAAGGAGAACUAUGAGAAGAUGCAGACAGACCUGGCCAAGGCUCUGGCCAAGAAGAAGGAGUUGGAGGAGAAGAUGGUGACCCUGCUGCAGGAGAAGAAUGACCUGGCACUCCAAAACGCAUCUGUGAGUGAGCAACAACCUUCAUAAGAGUAAUUUACCACACCUGAUACACACCAGAGCCAGCAGCAGACAGACACACACACACCCUUUCAAAAUCUCCAAAACACUGCUCUACUUUUUUUUACAUCCUGAGACUGUCACUUUUACCCCUACCACGAAAUAUCAAUACCAAACCCGCUGCUACCCGUUUUACUUUCCGAUUUACUCUCUUUUACCCCCACCUACUGUACAAUUACCUCACUACCAACUGCUGCACCUUUUUUAUUAUCUAUCCUGAUUGGCUUCCUUUUUCCCCUACCUACAGGACAUUUACCUCAACUACCAAAAAUCUGCUACUCUGUUUAUUUUUACUGAUUUUAGUACUUUUUCCCCUACCCACAGACUUUACCUCACACCAAACUCGCUACUCUGUUAUUUCUAUCCGUUGACUGCCUUUUUAAAACCCCACCAAGUACAUAUUACCUCAAUCCAACACUGCUGCUACCCCGUUUUUUAAACUUCCUGAUUGCCCAGUCCUUUACCCCCACCACUUUACUUUACCCCCCCAAAACUGCUGCACUCUGGUUUAUUCUACCGAUUGAUAGUCCUUUUUUCCCCUACCUACAUGUCUAUUACCUCAACUACCAACACUGCGCACUUGUUUUUUUUCUUCCGAUUAUAGCUCUUUUACCCCUACUACAUUCAUUUACCUUCAACUACCAAACCCGCUGCUACUCUGUUUAUUAUCUAUCCUGAUUGUUAAUUUUCCCCUACCUACAUUACCUAUACCUCAACUACCAACACUGCUGCUACUCUUUUAUUAUCUAUCCGAGACUAGUCCUUUUUUCCCCCCUAAUGUACAAUUUUCCUCAACUACCCAAAACCCGCUUUAAAUCUUUUUAUUACCAUUGCUAGUCACUUUACCCCUACCUACAUGUACUAUUUCCUCAACUACCCAAAACUGCGCUACUUGUUUUUAUCUAUCCGAUUCUAGUCCUUUACCCCCCCUUUGACAUUUACCUAACACCAACCCUGCUGCACUCUGUUAUUAUUAUCCGAUUUUGUCACUUUUACCCCUACCUAAUGUACUUACCUCAAAAUACCAAAACUGCUUACUUUUUAUUAUCUUCCCCAUGGACUAGUCCUUUUUUCCCCUCCUACAUUAAUUUACCCAAAUACCAACAUGCUGCACUCGUUUUUAUCUAUCCUGAUGACUUCCUUUUACCCCACCACAUGUACAAUUACCUCAAUACCAACAUGCUGUACCUGUUUAUUAUCUUCCUGAUUUAUAGUCCUUUUUUCCCCACUACAUGUCAUUUACCUCAAAAACCCAAAACCUUUCUGCUACCCUUUUUUAUUAAACUAUCCUAUUGAUAGCCUUUACCCCCCCCUCAUGUACUAUUCCUCAACACCAAAACUGUGCACUCUUUAUUUUCACCCGAUUGCUAUCCUUUUACCCCUACCCACUUUCUUUACCCUCAACUACCAAAACCGCUACUCUUUUUUAUUACUAUCCCGAUUUACUGUCCUUUUACCCCUACCUACAGUACAUAUUACCUCAACACCAAACUGCUGUAUCUGUUUAUUUUUCCUGAUUUACUAGUCACUUUUCCCCCCCCACCUACAUAUUUCCCACUACCAACCUGUGCACUCUGUUUAUUUUUCCUGAUUACUAUCCUUUUUCCCCCCCUAAUUACUAUUACCCACUCCCAAAACGGUAAUCGAUUUUCCCCUUUGCCCCCCAAAAAACCCCUUAAUAAAACCCCAAACCCAAAGGGUCAACCUUGGGGGGUUUAUUUGGGAGCUUUCUCCCAGGUCAAUUCCUUAAUAAAAACCUGUUCGUUGUUCAGAGAAUUUUUUUGGGAAAAGGGCCACGUCUGUACUAACUAACCCUUUUAUGCACAAGACAAGACAAACCCCCCAAAUCAAGUCUACCUGAAAAAUACUAAAAACAACCUUGGAAAAAUUUUAAUGGCCCGGUUUUAAAUUUUCAGAACUAAACCCCAAAUUGAGAUUUGUCAAAAUUUAAAGGCAUUUUAUGCUUAAAAACCCAAACCCUCCCGUUUAACUUCUCAUGGAAGGUUGCCUUCCUCCAACGUAAAUAAUCAACAAACUCAGGAGAUUUUUGGUUGAUUUAUUCCCCUAAAGGGGGCAAACCUUAUUUUAAGGGGGAUUACUUUUUCCACAGGGGGAUUGGGUAUGCAACGGUUUUUAAAAAAUGUAAUUUUUUGGUUUAUUUUUUUUUCAUGUUUCCCUUAUUAAUUUUUUUGGGUUAAAUUAUAACUUCAUAUCCCUAUCAAAAUAAAAAUUAAAAGGGGGCAAAAACUUUUUCAACAUUUUCUCCCGUUUUAAUUUGAAAAGAAAUCUGAUGAUUUCAAGGAAACUUAAAUGUUUUCCCGAUGAACCAAAAAUGGCUCUUUGAUAAUCAAUCCCGGUUGGGGGAAGAAACUCCCAUGCCCAAAACCAUCCCCCCUCAAACGGAAUGAAAAAUUACUUUUGGGGUGUUUUUCCCCUAAGGGAAAAAGGACCCCCCCACAAAACAACGGGGCCCUGUUUCCGCAAAACUUGGGUUUAAACUUUCCCCCUCCCAGGGAUUUUAAAAUGGGUCUAUGGGUUUUUUUUCCGAUUUAAAAAUUUUUCCCAAAAACCCCAAAACAAAGGGUGGCUCAAGAAGGAAACCUUUUUCCUAGUCCAACCAUCCCAACCUUAUCCCUAAAUUUAGGAUAAGGCGGGGCCCAAAAUCCCCUCAAAAAUUAAAAUUAAAAAAAUUCAAAAGGGGGUUUGGCCAAAACUCUCCCAAAUUUCAACCUGUGGCCAAAUCGAAAUUACCCCUGUUUAUGCCAAAAAGGGGUUUCCCCAAAUAAGUCAUUUUUCAGACCCAAAUCUUAUUUCAUUAAAAGCAAAUCAUUUAUAAAUUUUUUUACAACAUUUUUUUGGGUAUUUGUUGUUAUUCUGCUUUUACUUUCAAUAAAUGCCCAUUAAAAUGGAGAUAUUUCUUUGUCACUUUCCCCCAACCUACAUGAACAAUACUUUUUUCCCCCAUGUACUUAAAUUAUCAACUAUUUGGUGUUCUUUACUAAAUUCUUUUUAAUUAUAAUUUCAUUUGCAUUGUUUUUAAAAGCCUGAAAUGGUAUAUUCUCUUCCCUUUAAUAACCAACCAACCAACCUGCAAAAAAUGGUUUUUUUUCUAGGGAAACUUUAAACCACCCAGCUCCUCACAAAUUGGGAUGAACAUCCUGGACCAUCAAAAGAAGAUCAAAACCAGGGCUGUACGGGAAAAAAUUUUCCGGGGUCAUUAAACCCCUUCAGGCUAAAACUCCCAAGGGGGGUAAAUCUGGGAUCCAGGGGUGUCAGGAUUAACUCCAAUGUCAACAACUCCAAAUGUCAAUCUGGAAUCAACGUACAAACUGAUUUCCCCAACUGUAAAUCAAGGCUAGGGCUGAGGGGUAAGGAUCCAGGGUGAAGGAAAAAGGGGGGGGGGGAAAAAAGGAGAAAAGGGAAAAAUAUAAAUCUUUCCCAGGUAACACUAUUUCCCAACCCCCAAGUUUAAAAAACAAAAAAAACAAUGUAUUCACUAACUGUAAGUUGCUCUGGAUAAGAGCGUCUGCUAAAUGACUAAAAUGUAAAUGCAAAUGUAGUACACAAUAUAAUGUGUUGAGGGCUUCAAGUCCAGUCCACAUUAAAAUAUUUGGAUAAAAGCAUCUGAUAAAUGACAUAUAUUAUAACAUAGUUUCUACUGAACUGUUCACCACCUAACAUUGCCCUACAAUACCUCAAAAUACAUUUUCAAUCAUAGAGAACAGAGAAACCAUUAACAAGAUGUCCCUCUAUCUCUGCAGGUGAGUUUGGCCGCCAGCUGGAGGAGAAGGAAGCCCUGGUGUCUCAGCUAACCAGAGGCAAACAGGCCUUCACCCAGCAGGUGGAGGAGCUGAAGAGGCAGAUUGUGGAGGAGGUCAAGGUAAGGGACCCAAUAUGGACUCCACCAACCACAGAGUUUAGAGAAAUAUCUACAUAUAUUAGCGGUGACUACGCCACCUUCAGACACUUCUACUUUCAUUUGUUUUACUAUCUCUCUAAUCUCUCUGUUUUUCCCUUUCUCUCUCACAGGCUAAAAACGCGCUGGCCCAUGGUGUCCAGUCUGCCCGCCAUGACGGUGACCUCCUGAGGGAGCAGUUUGAGGAGGAGCAGGAGGCCAAAGCAGAGCUGCAACGCGGCAUGUCCAAGGCCAACAGCGAGGUGGCUCAGUGGAGGACUAAGUAUGAAACUGAUGCCAUUCAGCGCACAGAGAAGCUUUAG